AUGUUCCUUGACCAUGAGUAACCUUAACUGGUGUACUGCCUGUGAUAAUGCCAUCAGUCCAUAUUCCGAAUCGCUGUACUGCAGUGAACAAUGCUUACGAGUGGAUGCCCUUCGCAACCAUCCUCUGCUAGGUUACACGUAUCCAGAGUUUGUUAAUUUCCCUCGUCCAUACCCAAAACAAAGCAGCUCUUCCUCAACGGCUUCCACGACUGCUGAGCAACCAUCGUCGUCGUUACUGGCCUCUUCUUGUUCCAUCGCUUCCUCUCCCCACAGUUCACCCGCAUUAACCGCCACCACCGCUUCAUCCAUGUCGCUUCAACCGGCUUCUCCACCUAACUUUGAUCUUUCCAGCGUAAUGAGAUUGCCUUCCGAUGAACCUUUGUCCCUCAAACCACUCACCUCCCCCUCUCGUCUCAUGAAUACCGCUCGCUUCAACGAUUUCUAGACCAUAUCAUGCUUUUAUUUUUACUUUUAUUUUUUCCUUUUCUCUCACCCCUCUUGUCCAUCCCAU